AUGGUAUUGCAUCAGAAUCCAAUAUCAUCCAUGCAUUUGAAAAUGAGACUGGCCAGAAGGUACACAAGUCCGGUUUUACUUUAUCUGAGACAUCCAUUUUUAGGUGCAUCUCCCGAUGGAGUCAUAAAUGACAGCGAGAUUGUUGAAGUCAAGAAGGUUGAAUUGAGGGAAGGAGAGUCACUUGAUGAUGGGAUGUGCAGGUUUGGAAUUUACAAGAAAAACGGCAGUGAACUGAUG